GAACUCAAAAGUACGGGAAAACAUUCCGCAGCGAUUUCACCGUAUCUACGUGCGGGAAGCCAGCGAGCUCGAAUCCAUGACACUACUUCCGCAGUAAUUUCUUACAUUUCUUGGACGAAAAUAAGGAAAUAAUGUGCGACUUCAUAUCAUGAGAGUGUUCUUGGCCUCGUAACAGAAUGUGAUAGGAGUAAAAAGGACGUUUGGAGUGGUAAACGGGUGUCAAACUGGCGUGGGAAAAAUGACACCGACCCCUGAAAUCGACUCCGAGAGAGAAUUCAUUCCCACACAGGCAGCCGAGCUGACGCGGCGGAGCACUUUGAUGUCGACAGCCAACAUGGUGCCUCAUUUAAAUGCCACAUUUUGGGUCAGUUAAGGGCACCUUAGCAGAGCCAUGGAUUACUUUGAGUACCCGGAAUACGCAGACAUUAUGGAACUCUUUAUAGAGACUCUGACCGGCACGGUUUUUGAGCUGCGGGUGUCGCCUUUUGAGACGGUGAUUUCGGUGAAAGCCAAGAUUCAGAGAUUGGAAGGAAUCCCCAUAAGCCAGCAACACCUUAUAUGGCAGUCGGUGGAACUGGAAGACGACUACUGCUUGCAUGACUAUGGAAUUCCUCCUAGCAGUUCACUCAAGUUGGUUCUAGCCAUGAGAGGUGGGCCCAUCAACACCAGGAGAAUUCCAAUGGAGGAUCCGGCCAUACGCGAGAUGGCCGAAUACAUGGAAGCCAACAGGGACGAGAUCUGGGAGAAGCUGCCCGGUAACCGUCAGGUCACGCUACUGGUGUUCAGGGAGGGGGACCAGCUGAAUUUCUUCCGGGUGGUUGACCGGGGCGACGGCACCCUGACGCCGCUGUCAGAAUCAUUGAGUGGCGCGUCGAUGUACAAUAACAUGUAUGAUGAGGAGGAGGAAGAACGAGUGCCGUCCCAGGAGCAAUCGGUAGAAAACGACGUCACUAUGAGUAAAAUGAAACUCCUCCGUGCCAAGAUGGAGACACUAUCAAUCGGCAAAAAGAAGCAUAAAACGCCCCAUCCACCUACCACCACCCGGCCAAAGAGCACGGCCGUCAGAAGGCGUCUACCAGUGUCAAAGAAGAAAUCGCCCCCUCUACUCAACAAGAACAAUCCCCUCCCGCCCGUGGGUGCACUCAGUGCAGCAGCGCAUCAUUCCAUGGACGCCAGCGCUAAAUUAGAAUCCCCGAAAGGCAGCCUGGACUGUGAGUUGGCAGGAGGGUCCGCCAGUCGGGCGGAGCGACGGCUCCUCACCGCCGAUAAACGCCACAGCCCGGCCCCGCCUGCUACUUGCCGCACCCUCGAGUCGCUAACAAGCGCCCGCCUCCACCGAUCCUACACCAAUCUAGGGAACAUGUUACCCCCCUCAACGGCCACGGUCGUGCCCGAUAUGCGUCCCAACACUUCUUCCAAGGUCCACCAACAGGUGCUAACGUCGGCGGACGCCCGCGGGAGGGAGCGAAGCGGCGUCAAGGCCGAGGCCCGCCUGGUCACGGAGCUCGUCAACCAGGCCAACAGGGACGGCAAAAUCAAUGACAUUGUCUGCGGUGCUCCUAGGGACUUACACACGGCUAAGGGGAGCGGUAGGGCAAGGGGUGCGUCGGGGGCGUUGGCUCUCAGCCAGGCUUUGAACACAACGUCGUCGGCGCUGAAGAGUGCCAGUAACGGGGACCGGAUUCGCACCCCUGAUGGACGAACUGCUCUCAUUUCUGCACAUAAUAUACGAGGUAGAAUAUCGGGAACACGCGACGGAAGGCUUUUAUCACCGAGUCACCGGCUCCCACCAGUCAGUAGUAGUAGUAAGCCAACCCCGCUAGCAACGACCAAGAAAAAGACAAGUAAACGGUGCUCAUUUUGCAACAAAAAGACUGGUCUGGCAACCAGUUACCAGUGCAGAUGCGGACACAACUUCUGUGCAACCCACCGCUACGCCGAGGCACAUCACUGCGGCUACGACUACAAGACGGAAGGACGCAAGAUCCUCGAGCAAAGCAACCCGCUAGUCAGUGCCCCAAAGUUGCCCAAAAUCUAGGCCUUAAUUGUCCACAUUUUUAACAAAAAAUGCAAACGAUAAUAGUAAUUUUGUUUUUAUUGAUCGAUCACUGAAGUAGAGAUAAUGUGUAAGACACUUGUAUACCUGUGUGUGAACGAAAUUUGAACAUGGGGUUUCGUGAAAAAUUCAUGGCACUGAAGUCUGUUUCUAUUGCUUUGGGAAAAUUUCUCGGUUUUCAAAUGGCAUUUCAUUUGUGUUGAAUUUUUAUCAAUUAUUAAACAUUUUAAACGAAUAACAUCGUUAGAUAUAGACAAUACCACUGCUGUAUCUGGGGGGGGGGGGGGGGUCGUACAGUAAAUGUAAUUGAAAAGUGCAUUUCCAAGAUAAAUGCAAAAACUAAAAUGUACAAGAUAUUUUGGUAUUUGUAGUUUCUACAGAACACAUUAUUGUUGAAAUAGUCGAGUAACAAAGUGCCAGUAAUGUUUUUUUUACAUUGCAUGCUUCCUGAAUUCUGAACCACCCUCAAAUGUAGAAUAAGGCUUUAUUAUUACUCUGAACUUUUUACAUGGACGAUAGUGCGCACUCAACGUGCAUCUUGUCUCUACUUCAGUCGAUGUGGUCAUCCUAAAAUUGAAAUAGUGUACAUUAUAUUUGUACAGAUACAAGCCUAUUACGACUACCUUAUCUUAGCCAAUUUUCAAGUUCGUAUUUUAUUCCUUUACAAUUCCUACAGCGAUUUUCUUUUUAAUUCUGGUUUUUAUUGUAAAGGCAAAAACAAUGACAUUAAUCAUUUUUUGAAUUUUUUUGGUGAAUUCGGUACAUUUUUGGCCCAAAUGUGUGGCAUUCUUCAACUUUGCGGUUCGCGGUAUUUCAAUCUAAUCAUGUUGUGUAAUUCAAGGCGGAGUGGUUUGCGUUGAAAUGUAACCAAAAAAAGGCAAUCAUAAUUUAUUGAUAUAUAUUGGUUUCAAACAGUCUACAUAGCCCACGUGUUUGUACAUUCAAAAAUAUAAGCAUUGAGUUUAAUAUAAAAGAAAAUUAUGUUUUUCAUGACAAAUCUUUGGGAAAAAUUAUAUUGUGCAUCAGAUUAAAUUGGUUAAAAAUUCUCGUUAUUCUCAAUUCAAUUUUAAAUGAAAUCGAGCAGAAACAAAUGGAGAUUCUUCUUUUCUUAUCGUUGACACCAGUUGCAAAUGGUUCAGAAAAGAUGAAAAAUCAAAACGGAUCUUAAGUUUCCACGUCUUAUUUUGUAUAGAUCGGGGCGGAGUGAUGUCAUCCGAUGAAAACAUGUAUUCAUUGCGCACCAGUUUUCAUCAGUUGCUAUGCGUUACCAUUCAGCACUCCAGACGCGAGAACCAUUGAGUUUCAAGAACAUAGGUCUGGGAGCUAGACGAGCCAAUGUAAAAAAAAAAUCUGGGAUGCCCGCGCAUACCUAUAGGCUGCAAAACUAGCAAAACAACAAAAGAUGCAAGUUAUGUUUUCUAAAUUCUGCUUAUAGAUUUCAAAUUAAAAAUUCUGUCUCAUUUUAAGAAUGCACAAACACCAAAUAAAUCGUGUAUUUUAUUUUGACAUACACUAAUCCAUGCAUUAAAUUUUAAUUCUCUAUACUUCAAGAGAUGUUGUUCCAUUGAAAUCAUUAUUUCUUCAGUGACAAGUUUUUUUCUUCAAAAAAUUGAGUUUCUAGUCAGUUGGUAUUACUUUCAUUCAGUAAUCAUGGCAUUUGUUACGAGAGCGGCCUUUUUAGGUUUUGAAACUGUUUACAUUGUUUUCCAUGUAAUGUCACAGAAUAUGCGUUUUAAAAGUACAAAAGAGCUUCACAAAAGGUGUUUAGUUUUUCUGUUUUAGUCCAAAAAUUAUUUGGAUCCAGUGUUUUUUUUUCUCAGUAUUAAUUCUUGAAUUGAUUGGAAUUUUAAAUUGAUUAAUAAAAGCAAGGCCUUUUAUACUAAAAAAAAAA